AUGCGCGUGCUUGCGGGCAUCCAGUCCCUGACGGCGGUUGGUCACCUGCGUCCCGCCCCCCCGUGCCCGCCGCCCGUGCCCCUCAUCGGCGUCUGCACGUCACCGCUGGCGGCCACGCAGGAUUUGUUCCGGGGCGUCGGCAGCUCUGCGGAUCAGGUGUUUACGCUGGGCCACUCCUUCCUCUGCACUUUACUGCGCCGGCACCCGCGAUGCCUGUGUGCGCGCUGUUCUGAUCGUGCGCCUCGAUCCCUUCGGGCUUCUGCCGCCUGCGGCGUGGCCUGCAGCGAGGACGGUCUGCUGAAAAGCCUGGAUUGGCAGAGAUGGGACGAUUUUGCCCUUGACAAGACUGGGUUAAUAGCCUCCCUUUCUGUGCAGAAAACGAGAGGACCGCCGUGCGCGGAGAGCUCCUUCCUGGAUCUUCGCUUUAACAGAAUCAGAGAGAUCCAGCCGGGGGCAUUCAGGGGGCUGAGAAACUUGAACACACUGCUCCUCAACAACAACCAGAUCAGGAGUGUGCCCGGCGGGUCGUUUGAGGACCUGGAGAACCUGAAAUACCUCUAUCUGUACAAGAAUGAGAUCCAGGCAAUUGACAGGCAAGCGUUUAAGGGACUUGCCUCUCUAGAGCAACUAUACCUGCACUUUAAUCAGAUAGAAACUUUGGACCCAGAGUCAUUUCAACACCUGCCAAAGCUGGAGAGGCUGUUUUUACACAACAACCGAAUUACACAUUUGGUUCCGGGAACAUUUAGUCACUUGGAAUCUAUGAAAAGAUUGCGCCUGGACUCCAACGCGCUGCACUGUGACUGCGAGAUCCUGUGGCUGGCGGACCUGCUGAAAACCUACGCCAGGUCAGGGAACGCGCAGGCCGCAGCCACCUGCGAGUACCCGCGACGCAUCCAGGGGCGGUCGGUGGCAACCAUCACCCCGGAAGAGCUGGACUGUGAAAGACCCCGGAUCACGUCGGAGCCCCAGGACGCAGACGUCACCUUGGGGAACACCGUGUUCUUCACCUGCAGAGCCGAGGGCAACCCCAAGCCCGAGAUCAUCUGGCUCAGGAACAACAACGAGCUGAGCAUGAAGACGGAUUCCCGCCUGAACCUGCUGGGCGACGGGACCCUGAUGAUCCAGAACACGCGGGAGACAGACCAGGGCGUCUACCAGUGCAUGGCGAAGAACGUGGCCGGGGAGGCGAAGACGCAGGAGGUGACCCUCAGGUACUUCGGCUCUCCAGCCCGCCCCACUUUUGUAAUCCAGCCCCAGAACACGGAGGUGUUGGUCGGGGAGAGCGUCACCCUGGAGUGCAGCGCCACAGGCCACCCUCCGCCGCGGAUCACCUGGACGAGGGGCGACCGGACGCCCGUGCCCGCGGACCCCCGGGUGAGUGUCACCCCAUCUGGCGGCCUCUACAUCCAGAAGGUGGAGCAGGAGGACAGCGGGGAAUACACCUGCUUCGCAUCCAACACGGUGGACAGCAUCCACGCCACCGCCUUCAUCAUCGUCCAGGCCCUUCCUCAGUUCACCGUGACGCCUCAGGACCGAGCUGUCACCGAGGGUCAGACAGUUGACUUCCACUGUGAGGCCAAGGGCUACCCUCAGCCAGUCAUCGCCUGGACGAAAGGAGGGAGCCAGCUGUCAGUGGACCGGCGGCACCUGGUCCUGUCCUCGGGAACGCUCAGGAUCUCGGGCGUUGCCCUGCACGACCAGGGCCAGUACGAGUGCCAGGCUGUCAACAUCAUCGGCUCCCAGAGGGUCACGGCGCACCUGACGGUCCAGCCCCGAGUCACCCCUGUGUUCACCAGUGUCCCCAGUGACAUGACGGUGGAGGUGGGCAGCAGCGUGCAGCUCCCGUGCAGCUCCCAGGGGGAGCCCGAGCCCGCCAUCACCUGGAACAAGGAUGGGGUUCAGGUGACGGAAAGUGGGAAGUUUCACAUCAGCCCCGAGGGAUUCCUGACCAUCCACGACGUGGGGCCUGCAGACUCUGGCCGCUACGAGUGUGUGGCCCGGAACGCGAUUGGGCAGGCCUCUGUCAGCGUGGUGCUGAGCGUGAACGUUCCCGAUGUCAGUCGUAACGGGGACCCGUUUGUAGCCACGUCCAUCGUGGAAGCGAUCGCAACCGUGGACAGAGCCAUAAACUCCACGCGGACACACCUGUUUGACAGCCGCCCUCGCUCCCCGAACGACCUGCUGGCCCUGUUCCGGUACCCGAGGGACCCCUACACCGUGGAGCAGGCACGUGCCGGAGAGAUAUUCGAGCGGACGCUGCAGCUGAUUCAGGAGCACGUGCAGCAUGGCCUGAUGGUUGACCUGAACGGAACAAGUUACCACUACAACGACCUGGUGUCCCCACAGUACCUGAGCCUGAUCGCCAACCUCUCUGGCUGCACGGCGCACCGGCGCGUCAACAACUGCUCGGACAUGUGCUUCCACCAGAAGUACCGAACCCACGACGGCACCUGCAACAACCUGCAGCACCCCAUGUGGGGCGCCUCGCUGACUGCCUUCGAGCGCCUGCUCAAGGCUGUGUACGAGAACGGCUUCAACACGCCGCGGGGCAUCGACCCUGGCCGGCGGUACCACGGCCACCCGCUGCCCAUGCCCCGCCUGGUGUCCACAGCCCUCAUCGGCUCGGAGGCCGUCACCCCGGACGAGCAGUUCACCCACAUGCUGAUGCAGUGGGGCCAGUUCCUGGACCACGACCUGGACUCCACGGUGGUGGCCCUGAGCCAGGCCCGCUUCUCAGACGGCCAGCACUGCAGCUCUGCCUGCAGCAACGACCCACCCUGCUUCUCCGUGGCCAUCCCGCCCAACGACCCGCGGGCGAGGAGCGGAGCACGCUGCAUGUUCUUCGUGCGCUCCAGCCCCGUGUGCGGCAGCGGCAUGACAUCCCUGCUCAUGAACUCCGUGUACCCCCGCGAGCAGAUCAACCAGCUCACCUCCUACAUCGACGCGUCCAACGUCUAUGGCAGCUCAGAGCACGAGGCCCGCGCCAUCCGGGACCUGGCCAGCCAGCGGGGACUGCUGCGCCAGGGCAUCGUGCAGCGCUCAGGCAAGCCAGGGACCUGGGGGGCUGCGGGACCCUCCACGGUGCAGAGACCUAGGGAUUUCCCGCCUCGGCACCCGGUCAGCACCACUCGGCAGGGGCCGCCGUGCCGCCAGGAGCAGCAGCGGCACGGCCUCGCGCUCCUUGGAGCAGCUGGCGCCCGCGGCAGCAGUCAGGCCGUGGUCCUGGAGCUCCCGGGCAAACAGCUGUCCAAGGACUACAUAAAGAAGCUCGAGUCCCGGCUCAGCACCGAGUGCGUGGAUGCCGACGGCAACCCUCACGCCAACGGAGCCAAGUGGAAACGGGACCCCUGCACCGCCUGUGAAUGCCGCGACGGGCAGGUCACCUGCUUCGUGGAAGCCUGCCAGCCUGCCGAUUGUCCAGCGCCCGUGAGAGCCAGCGGGGCCUGCUGUCCAGCCUGCCCGAGCGACUCCCCAGGAAAGAAGCCUUAGGUGCCUGGAGGCCCAGCGCGUCUCCGUGCGUCCUCCGCGGCCGCGCUGGUUUGGGGAGCGCAGGCCAGGAGCGUUGAGGCUUGGGGGUUCCAGGCCGCGGCUCCGGCUGUGUUGGAACUAACCCAGGAUCCUUGCUCACCAGGAGGCCCUGGAGCAGACGAGGGCGGGAAGCAGACACGUGUCCUAACUUCAUGUUAGAUUUCUCAGGUUUUUAUUUAAUUUUUUUAAUGAAAAAUUGGUGCUACUAUUAAAUUGCACAGUUAAAUCAUUUAGGCUCCUAAGUUGAUUUCAGCUAAUAUCACCAUUUCUCCUCAACUGAAACUUAGUCCUGCUGGUUCCUGAUUCCAAGAGCUUGCAGGCCCGUCGCCCAAGGGAUGGGCGCAGAGCGGAGCUGCUGGCAGAGGGCGCGGGAUUUACGAGAAAUUCAGUAUUUGGCAAACGGAAUGGAGUCUCUGUGGAGCACGUUGGGUGACGCUCUUAGGGGUGACACAGGCUCUCAUACCCCGUCACCCCACAUCCGCCAGACCACAGCCCCUCCUCCGGUCCUCCGCAGCCUCCCGGGGCCUUGCCUGCACCGCAGAGCAGACGUCCCUGCCGCCCGCAGCCCCAGCACAUCGUGCAGCUCGGCUCUCCUUUCGCCCAGAUCAUGAGGUUAUUAAGCCGCAUUUAGGAACAAGUCUUGAGUUCAUGUCCGACCUGCAUAUGCACUGCCUAGUGUGGACCAGAAAUGAAAACCCUCCAUGCUGUAGCGGACGGGGCCUACUGCUCCGUGCACGUGCCAGCUCGUGCUCCGCUCCAUCGCCGGACUCGGUCCCGCUCGAGCCCAUGGAGAGUCACGACGCCCUAGAUUCUUCUGCCGACGGGAGGAGUUCGAAUGUGGGGAACUUUCUGACUGCAGGUUGUGUGAGUGAGUUAAAGCAAUCCCUGUACCUCAUUUGUAUUUUCAAAAUGCACGACGCUUUAUGAAAUUUUGCCCACGUUUUAGUGUUAGACAUGGCAGGAGUCAUUUCUACCCUGCAGAAGUUCUUACAGAAUCCAGUGAAAAGCAACUUUCAUACCUCAUGGUCUGUCUUUUUAAUUGACCAAAAUCCUCCUGUUUUGUUCCAAAUACAAAGUGAUCUGUGUUCUGAGAAACAUGUCCUGCACAUUCUGUUCAGUUCUGCAGACGCUGAUUAGUGUCCACUGGGAGCCAGGCCUUGUGCUGGGCACAGACGCAGGGCCCGCCUGCCCGUCCCAGCAGAGACCCAGGAGGACCUGGCUGUCUCCGUCCCCUGGGGAGUCCAUCACGGGGGCGGCGGGGCUGGUGGCGGGGAAGGCCAGUCUCCGGCAGUGUCUGGCGCAUAGUGAGCAGUUGAAAGCCUGGGUUUAGCCCGGCACAGCCUCCUUCACCUGCAGGAGAGCCCAGUGCCUGCAUGUUCAUAUUCCAGCCUGAGCAGCUUUAAACAGUCCGCUUGCCUUCUGCCCUCAUAUCACUAAGUGAUGAAUAAAAGCCCCACGUCCCAUGGGGCACAGGACUUCUUUUGAAAUUGCAAGUCGAAUUGAGUAACCAAAUCCUGAAACAGAUUUCUGUAAACAGAAAGAGGAAAACUCUGUCUGAAAGUCCAUGGUUCUGUAAGUUGCUCAGACGUGAAAGACCACGGAGCCCACGCUCUGCAGUGUUGGCGUCUGGAGGUGCCCGGGAGGCCUGUCUGCGGCCCCGUGCGGAGGCGGCCGGCUCGCGGGUUAAGGCUUGUGGUCUGAGCGGUUGUGGAAGGAUGGCACCAUCUCAGUCGACCGGGCGGUCUGGUGCGCAGAGCCGCUCCGCGGUGCAGCUGGGAUGUCCGCAGAAUCCCCGGUGGGGGUGGGCAGAGCGGGUUUCAUUCACUUCUAACGGUUUGCCAACAGCAAGUGCCUUUCUUAUGUUCACUGUAACCAGUACAUCACCAAAGAGACGUUUGCACUAUGUAACGAUGCCUUUCGGUUCCAAUAAACGGGCCACGUUUUCAGAUGGA